UUUUAUUUUCCGGGGGACCACAGAGCCGAUCAUGGCGACUCUCGGCGGCAGUCGCGGGGAUCGUCUCGGCAACACUAAUCAACAAAAGUCUUCGUUCGCAUCUCCGGAGAAAGUCCGUGAACUUCUUAACGCAGGAGUGUCAUCAGCAGACAACGGAUCCAACAGUGGACAUGGAAAUGGGAAAGUUCUGGAAGUAAAAAGCGACACUCAAGCACCUUGUCAGGCGACGAACGAAGAAGCCUUUUUCUCAAGAGUGGAGUCCUAUUCAUGUUUGAAAUGGGCAGGCAAACCCCGCACACUGUCCCCCCUGAUGUGUGCCAGAUAUGGCUGGAUCAACGUCGGCUGCGAUAUGCUCAAGUGCUCCAGCUGCCAGGCUUUCCUUUGUGCAUCACUACAACCAACUUUAGACUUUGAAAAAUAUGGAACCCGCAUUGCAGAGAUAUCAAGGCAACUUCAGACGCAGCAUGAAAAGUUUUGCCCCUGGCCUGACUUUCCAUGUCCAGAGCGGUACUGGCUGGUUCCAGCCUGUGAACCAUCAGCACUUCUCGCUGCCUUCCUAGAGCGCUUCCAGCGCACCUGUCUCCUUGCACAGCAGCUGCCUGCCAUGAAGCCAGAGCAGCUAAAGUCUAUGUCUUUGACUGAGGAUGUUAUCAGUGUUAUACUGCAGCUGAUAGAGGACGAACAAAAAAGAAAGGGAGAUUCUCCAUGUUCUCAACCUUUGGCGGUCCAGGUGGCUGCAUGCAUUGUUUGUCUCUGUGGCUGGGCUGCAAGCCCAGCUCUGCACGCGAUGAACCUGCCCAUCCUCACCUGCUCCUACUGUAUGCGCAAGGUGGGCUUGUGGAAUUUCCACCAGAUGGAGGGAACAUCAGGUGAUGGAGAUGUCUCACCCAACACUGUAGGCCCCCCUGCUCACACAACAGGUCCUGCCUCAACAGUCCCACAUGAGGGUCAGGUGGACCAGCCUGCUUCUGCGUCAUCCACCCCUGCUACAACUCCAUGUCGCAUGAAGCUGAGGAGCCAGGACUCCACCCGCUCUGACCAGGGUGAGGGAGCCUCCCCUGUGUCUUUGCGUGCCCGAAGCAGAGACUCACCAAGCCCCAGUGAAGAGCUGCAGAGUCCUUUGCCCAGGGGCAAAAGGCCUGCGACUCGUAGUAAAGGACAGGGGGACAACUCUGGGGCUGAUGGCGCUGCCAGCCUGUAUCACCCUCCUAAACGCCUGUGCCUCUCAUCAUUUGGUGGUCCUGAUGAGCUCAUGCACAAGAACGUAUUUGACCCCCUCGCUCAGCACAGAGACUGGUGUCCCUGGAUCUCUGUGGGAAAGGAGAAUGUGGAGCCAGGGACGUUGUCUGAUCGAGACUCAACACUUAAUCAACAGGGCUGGAAGGCUGCUCUAGAUCUCCUCAUGCCCAUGAAGAAGAACAAUACAGCAGGAGGCAGUCCAGGACAGGGCCCCCGUGACAAGUCUAAAAGGGUGUUUGCUAUAUUCCGUCAGUGGCAGGUAUCCUCCUCUCCGUCUCAGUAGACUGUUUCCAUCCGAACAGCAUCGCAACACUGAACCGAUGAACUGCCCUCUUUCUUUCUGUGGCACAGAGUCCGGAGUACCAAUGACAGGAGUGUCGUAUCAUAUCGAUGUAUGCCAUCCGUUAAAGUCGUGUUUACAGUCAAAGUGUUUCUGGAGGGAAAAGAAGUGGAAUGUGUCUUUAGGCAAAUGAAUGAGUGUCUUCUCUGUGAACAGUGACUUAUGUGAAGGAUGCCAGUGUGGCUUUUAAACCUUUGAAUUCUGAUUGGGAUGUGCAGAUAUAGGGGCCACUACAGCCCUUGGAUCAUGUGUAUACAUACAGUACGUAGUCAUCAUAGAACACAUCUCAGUGUACCAAUUGGCCACAAAGAAGGCAUUUACUAACCUCACAUGAAGUCUGCCUCGGUAGUCUUCGUGACAACAUGACAGUAUGUAUUUCUGUGGAAUAUAAGAGACAAGAGAUCUGUGAGAACGGGCUAAACGGCUUGACACUGGAAAGGCAAUGUUUACCUUCAAUGUAUGUUGAGUCAUAUGAGGGAGUGGUCAAUUUUUAACCUCAGAUUAGCAAAAAACAAACUGUGAGGAAGUCAUUUUUCUGUGUGUGUACUGUUGUGCUUGAAAGUUAACGUGGACAUGAGUUCUCUUUGAAAAGAACAAUCCUUUUGGAGUAGUGUUUUCAUUUUGUCAAUCCUGAUUACUGCAGGCAGGUAGAACCACGUGCCAUGAGCUACAAACCUGUUUUCUAUUAGUUUCAGGAUGGCUUGUACUUCCUUUUGCCUUCCUUUGACAUCUCACUGCUAAUGCAGUCCUCUCUAUCUUGCAUGUGCUUUUAUCUUCGUAGAGUUUCCUAAAAGGGUUUAAUAAAAUGCUCUUCUGAAA